GUUUGGUAUUCCAGUCAGAGUUUGUAUCUAAGUACAUGUUGUAAAUUAAAUAUGAGUAAACGGUGAAAAUAGUUCGUAAUUGCUUAAUUUACAAAUAAACAUUUUGUGAACCGAUUAAAAGAAAUACCUAAAAAACUGCAGAGAAAGAGGACGGUAAAGAGUGAGAGAUGGGUGUUCCAGCAUUUUUUCGGUGGUUAAGUAGAAAGUACCCUUCCGUUAUCGUCGAAUGCAUCGAACAGAAGUCUAUAAUUACCAAUGGCGUACGAGUACCUGUGAACUCACAGGAUCCAAAUCCAAAUGGAGUGGAAUUUGACAAUUUAUAUCUUGAUAUGAAUGGUAUUAUACAUCCUUGUACACAUCCAGAGGAUAAACCAGCACCAAAAGAUGAAGAUGAAAUGAUGGAAGCUAUCUUUGAAUGUAUUGAUCGCCUGUUUCGCAUAGUGAGACCUAGGAAGUUACUUUAUAUGGCCAUUGAUGGAGUUGCACCUAGAGCCAAAAUGAAUCAACAAAGAUCAAGAAGAUUCAGAGCAUCAAAAGAGACAACUGAAAAAAUUAAUGAAAUUAAAAGAAUACGUUCUGAACUAGCAUUGAAGGGUGCAUCAUUACCGCCAGAAAAGCCAAAAGAAGAUCAUUUUGAUAGUAAUUGUAUUACACCGGGCACACCUUUUAUGGCAAGGUUAUCAAAAUGUUUACAUUAUUACAUACACGAACGUUUAAACAAUGACCCCGGUUGGAGGAAUAUAAAAGUAAUUUUGAGUGAUGCAAAUGUACCGGGUGAAGGAGAACACAAGAUAAUGGAUUUUAUACGUAAACAAAGAGCACAACCUGAUCAUGAUCCCAACACGCAACACGUUCUGUGCGGAGCAGAUGCUGAUUUAAUUAUGUUGGGACUUGCUACACAUGAACCGAAUUUCACAAUUAUUCGUGAAGAAUUCAAACCAAAUAAACCAAGACCAUGCGACAUAUGCGGUCAGUUGGGCCACGAAAUGAAAGAAUGUACGGGUUCUGAGCUAAAUCAGAAAGAAGAAGAGAAUGCUUUCGGAUCCGAAUGCCAGUACAUAUUUGUGCGAUUAAAUGUACUCAGGGAAUACUUAGAGAGAGAGUUGCAAAUGCCUAAUCUACCAUUUAAGUACGAUUUCGAACGAGCUAUCGAUGAUUGGGUGUUCAUGUGUUUUUUCGUAGGAAAUGAUUUUCUACCUCAUCUCCCAUCAUUGGAAAUUAGAGAGGGGGCAAUCGAUAGACUCGUUAACUUAUAUAAAAAAACAGUAUAUAAAACAGGAGGAUUUUUAACAGAUAGUGGAGACGUAAAUUUAGACAGAGUUCAAAUGAUAAUGUCCGACCUCGGGGAUGUUGAAGACGAAAUUUUCAAGAAGAGACAACAAAACGAAUUAGCGUUUAAGCAACGUGAGAAAGAUAAAAAGGCUAGAAUGCAAGCAAUCAGUAAUUUCAAGCCGAAGUGGAUUCCUACUGGACAGUUUGCUCCUAUGCCGUUGGGUGAACGAGUUAAACCAGUGGAAAAUGCUCGUUAUGAAGCUUAUCAGAUGCGUAUUCAAAGUAGAAACUACAGUAGUUCUAGUGAGGCUAGGGGAAAUGCUAAUGAAGCUCUAGAAAGCAUGAUACGUCCAGAGAAUACAUCAAACACAGAGCGCAAACGUAGAGCCGAAGAUAUUGAAGAUUCAGACGAUGACCAAGCGCACGAUGAAGUGAGAUUGUGGGAAGAUGGCUUUAAAGAUCGCUAUUACGAAUCAAAAUUUGAUGUCGCUCCCGAUAAUUUGCAAUUUAGAAACAAUGUAGCCUUGCAAUACGUGCGAGGUUUGUGUUGGGUUCUACGGUAUUAUUAUCAAGGUUGCGCGUCUUGGAAAUGGUACUUUCCUUAUCAUUAUGCUCCAUUCGCUAGUGAUUUCAUUAAUAUUGGCGGCUUGUCGACCGAAUUUGAGAAAGGAACUAUACCGUUCCGUCCAUUGGAACAGCUAAUGGGAGUAUUUCCAGCAGCCAGUAGUAAACACGUUCCUAUUCCAUGGGCUAAGUUAAUGAGUGAUCCAAAAUCAACGAUAAUAGAUUUCUAUCCAGAAGAUUUUAAGAUAGAUUUGAAUGGGAAAAAGUUUGCUUGGCAGGGAGUGGCUUUGCUGCCAUUUGUGGAUGAAAAAAGAUUAUUCAAGGCUUUGGAACCAUAUUACGAAUGCCUGACAGAAGCAGAAAAGAAACGAAACAUUAGAGGCGACGACCGUCUCUACGUUGGACUAGGCAACAGUGGUUACAAUUUUAUUAAAGGAUUAUAUACGAAUAAAGUUGGAUUUGAUGUUGAAACUUCUAUAUGCAUCGAUGGAAUGCGUGGUACGGUGUUACUAGCAGAUGAUUGUGUCGGAGAUGGCGCCACCUUACCCUCUCCUAUAAAUGGACUUCCAGUCAGAAAUAAUAAAGUUUAUUGUGUUCGAUUUAGAGAUCCAAAAUACAGCCAGAAUUUCAUUUACCCUGCGAAGAAAUUGAAGGGUGCCAGAGACCCACCGCGAGUCUUAAAACCACAAGACUUCGAACAAAUGAACCGUAACAGUGACAAUGCUUGGAAACCACAAAUUGGUUUCACUCCUUCUACCCAAGUUGCAUCCUUGACCGACGCAGGACGCAGGAUGCUUGGACAUUAUACAAACCAUAAUAGAGUGCCACCCCCGUUCAGUGCUGUGUCAGCAUCACAAGGUCUGUAUCCGGAAUCUACUCAUGGCUACCAGAGGGGAUACUACCAAGGGGACUCAAGGGGAUACGAGAGUUCCAGAUCAAACCAGCAGGCCACCCCGUCCGCGAGGCCAUGGAACUCCGGUUCCAUGGUGCCUCAUAACUACCAGCGUUACCAGCAUCAAGAAUACCAGCAAUGGAAUAACUACAGCACUCAGCCGUACGGACGAAACAAUUACCAGGGUUCGCAGUACAAUAGCUACCAUCAGCAACGGGACUAUUCGUCCAAUUAUCAAGGCAACAAUAGCGGAAACAGCAACAGAGGAGGGGGUUGGAGACGGUAAACGCUAGGACAAAGUCCUUCCAAUCGGCAAGAGUCUCGAUCCGCCGAAUCGACAAUUUUCACGGGGAAACAGAAUUAAUAUCAUCACAAAAAAAACCUAACCUUAGGACCAGGAUAAGAUUGUCUCGCUACGAACAACAAAUGACCGUACCCGCCAUUUUGCCUAAGGAACUUAGGCAAUCCAAACAUUCGUGUGCAAUACGUUCCCGAAUUCAUUCUUCAACUCAUUAUCGGCUGCAAAUUCGGCGAGGACGAUGUUUUCGAGCGAAACUGUCUGACUCAACUAUUGAAAUACUAGUUCAAAACUUAGCGAAAAAUUUGAAUAAAAAAAAAGACGCGCGAAUGGACGCACAGCGUGACAAACGGCGCAGCCGAUUCUCGGAGAUCGGCUAAUCCGUUCAGCGAAAUAAUAGAGCGUACCUGUCAAAGACGGGUGUAAUUUUAACAAUUCAAAGCCGGUAACUGGAGCGAGGAUUGUUCGGAGCCACGAGAAAUGCAUAAUAUUCCCUUUCGAUUGAAUCACGGGCGUUAAUCAUGGAUGAUAGGCGUUGUAAUCGUCCCUCGUAGGAGGCACCGUGUAAAUCGGAGUACCUGACGCGGCUCAGACCGAGAGGAUUCCGACGAUCUCGCUCCGGUUUACUAGGAAGUCAGUGCUCGGGAGACGGUGGCAGUCUCUUCGGGUGAUUUUAAAAUCGUGAUCAACGCGGUCUUCGUUAUCCCGCGCGUGUGGAUAUUUCGUUUUUCUUUGCCGACAGCGAACGACACUUUUCCUCAAUCAAUUCCGAAUUUCAUUCGACCACGCGAGAGACGUUUCUCUCUUUCUCGCGGAUUAUUAGCGUCGUGCAAGCAUCGUGUAACGUUCGUUUCUAUAGCGGGAAUUUUCUCAUUCCGCGCGAGAAUCAUGUAAUUUUCCGUUCCGUUGAAAGAAAUAUAUCUCUAUGAUCAUUGGCGCGAAUAAGCACGACCGCGGCCCGCGGAAGCGUCGCGUUCCUUCCAUAACAAGGAAUUAGUAUUUUUGCGACUAGCGAAACGCGGCGAUCAACGUUUUACUCGAGAUCGCGAUCACGCCGCGGUCGUGCGAAUUAUAUGUUUUUACAGUAUAGUCGGUGCACGGUUGACCGCAGGAUACCGUAACGAUUAUAUUCCUGCGAGUGACACACGUGGCACGCGUGGCCAUUUUUGUAUUGUAUGCACUUGAGACAAAUAUAAUUGAAUUGGUUCUACGCUCGAUC